AUGCGUUGGUCUUUCCUGGACCUUCCCCCGGAGCUGAGGCUCAUGAUCUAUAAGCACUUAUCCAUCACCACAAAGCACCUAGUCCUGGAACGCUCACUCAACAAGUACGGUGGUGCGUCGACCAUUCGGCUAGUCGUAAAAUUUGCACCCGUCGAGAUCUUGAGGACCUGUCGGUUGAUCUACCAAGAAGCCUAUGCCUGUAUCAACAGGCUUGUGGAAAGAUGCCAACGCCUGCAAGUCAUUGUCGACUUGUCCAUGAUGAGAACCUUUUGUGGGAUAGUCUGCAGCACAGAGACUGAUGACGUGGGAAAGAUUUUCAUAAUGAUUAUGCAAGAGUCUUGUUCACCUACGGAUCGUGUGGUAUCGGCGGAAUACGCAAUUAAACUCCGAAACUUUAUGGAGCGGAGCAUCAAGUAUGUAAACCACAUGCUCAAUAGGUGCAUACUAGAGAUUGCCGUCACGAUACCAGAACAUGUCAGAAUAAUGGGAGGACAAACAAUAUAUCCACUGAUGGGUUUGCCAUGGAGAGCAGCGCAUCGGAGGCAAGAAUUUCGCUUAUAUGCUAGGGUGGAAGGGGAAUUGGAUGCCACGAUGGAGAUCGAGUACGGCAUGCUGAUAAGAGAAUGGAGUUGUUUUCUGCGUUAUGAUGGCCAAGAAGAUGCGAAGGCGCUCGGUGAUGUAGAAUGGCAAGCGGACUGGGAAGGAAUUGAGGUUCGGGAGAAUUACGUAGACGCAGAAGCGGUGUUGCAUGUGAUGAUAGAGGAGGCUCGCAGGCAACCAUCACGUCACCAUGUGUCGAGCUUCCUAAGGUUGGAAAACGAAGUGAGGUCUCUAGGACUCUAG